CUGUAAUAUUGUUCACAAGCUCCCUGUUCUGUUUGCUGGGGUCUUCUUGUGCCAGAUCCGUUGCCCUAAGCAUGGCAACGAUUGAUGCCACAAGUAUAAUUUGUGACUUCAUUUGUCUUCAUCGAGGAAGGAAACUGGUUCCAUAUAAGAGGAUUAAUACCAGGUUUACACACAGCAGCAAAAUUUUCGCAAGAUUGACAAAUUUCUGGAUUCAUUGAGAUUUUCCGCUGUUUUGUCUCUCAUUUAUAAAAUUUACGAGAAUUGCAAAAAAUCGCAAAGUUGAUGACUUUUCGCAAUAUUUGCGAUUUCCGCAAUUCUUUGUCUUGUUGUUUAUCAAGUCAAAAGCCAGUUGCGGAUUUUCCAAUAUUUGCGAAAACUGCAAAAAAAAUCCAGAGUCCGGAGACUUUGUGCCUUACUUGCGAUUUUUCGCAGUUCUUUGUCAUGCUAAUGAUCACUAAAGUCGAAAGGCAGUUGUGGAUUUUUUUCAAAUUUGCGGAAAUUGUGUAAAAAGGUUUAGUGGUAGAGAGGAAGAACUUGGAUUUACGAUCACCCAGAGAAAAUCUCGACGGAAUCCUGCAAUCACUGAAACCGACCUUGACUUUGCCAAUGACAUUGCACUUUUGUCUAAUGGGGUUGAUCAGGUACAGAAACCACUCACACUAACAGAGUCUGAGUCUGAGAAAGCUGGCCAGCAGCUUAACCCAAAAAAGACGGAAGUUAUCGAGUACAAGUCGAGUUUUGAUACUCUACUCAAAACUAUGGAAGAUAGUACAGAGAAUAACAAAAAAGCAAGAAAGGGCAAGGCCUCGAAGGUGCUGAACGACAUGAAGAUCUGGAAAUCUAAUAAGUCCAGGGGCGUAAAACUGUCAUUCUUCAAAGCCACUGUAGAAUCUGUUCUUCUUCAUAGGGGUGAAACCUGGACCCUAGCCCCUACCCUUACCAAGUCAAUAAAUGGUUGCUACACUCGCAUGUUGCAGGUGGUCUUGAAUGUUUCCUGACAAACCACACCUCCAAGGAAGAUCUUUAUGGAGAUUUGCCGAGAGUUAGAGAU